CUGGGGGAUAAGAUAGGAAACCUUAUAUAUCUCUAGUACCUGAAAUCACACCAGGUACCUACCUCCUACAGUACCCCCAAUGUAAUCCGUGCCUGUAACCUACCUAGGUUACCCGAGGGGUCGAAUUAAUCUUUAAUUAUAAAACUCACAAGAGAUUUUUUAUAUCGCAAUAUCAACAUAUACCAAUACCUAAUCAUGGCUUUUACCAUGCAUUCCCACUCGGGCCAGUUCUGCCCCGGCCACGCAAAAGAUCAACUUGAAGACAUCAUCAAGCAUGCCAUCCAUCUCGGCUACACCACCAUCGGACUCACAGAGCAUAUGCCACGGACCGCUCUCGAGGACUUAUAUCCCGAGGAACUCGACGACCCCGAAGGCUCCCUCGCAGAGCUCUUCCCCCGCCACGAGGCUUACCUGCUGGAGGCCCAGCGCCUGCAGACCAAGUACGCUUCUCAGAUUCACAUCGUCAUCGGCUUCGAGGGCGAGUGGCCCCGGCCCGCCUACGCGUCCAUUGUUGCGCAGCUCGCCACUCAUCCCAGCGUCGAUUAUUUCGUCGGCAGCCUGCACCACAUCGACGGGAUACCCAUCGACUACGACGCCUCGUACUACGCGCAGGCCGUCGCUUCGGCCGGGGGCACCGAAGAGCUAGCCGCGGAGCGGUACUACGACCAGCAGCACGCCAUGCUCACCGCGCUCCGCCCGCGCGUGGUCGGCCACUUCGACCUCGUGCGGCUCCUUUCUUCGGACCCGGGACGCGACAUACCGACGUCUUGGCCCGGUGUUUGGGAGAAGGUGCGUCGCAACCUGAAGGUUGUAGCCGAGUACGGCGGGUGGCUAGAGUGCAACAGCAGCGCGCUGCGCAAGGGGCUUGCGGAGCCGUACCCCGCGCGGCCGAUUGCCGCGGAGUGGCUAAGACUAGGGGGGAGGUUCACGCUCUCGGACGACAGCCACGGCAUUGCACAGGUAGGCACCAACUACGGCCGAGCGCUCGAGUACCUAGCUAGCCUGGGCGUAACCAACGUGUGGACUCUGAGGCGAGACCCUCAUCCGGGACUACCUCCUGGAGGUAAAAAGGCCAAAUUGGUAGAAGUGGAAGUCCCAUUAGAGAGCGUCAGGGCUAUGGUAAACAAAUGGUGAUGUAUCGUGGUAAAACCCGGGUAAAAAGGUCUGAGGGGAAUCAUAAAAAUCUUAAAAGGGGUCGCUUCACAUUUACGUGGUUUCUAAUACGAGCAUAUCUCUCGGGCAAAAAA